AUAGCGUAAUGUCCAUGCUGUGCUACACUCUGAUUAUAGCGUUUCUGAUCGGCAUAUGGGCAGCACCAAAAGCUGAAGAUAAUGCACCACUGGGGUCUCCUGCCACAUCUGACAUUUCUGAAAGCAGACGGACUAAACCACACCACAUUGUGAAAACAACUCGGCACAGAGACCAAAACCAGCCUGUUGUUGGGAAGGUAGAGGACAGAGAAACUGGGCAAUAUGCAAACGUCUUUGUGGAUCCAAAGCUUUUUCAGAAGAGGCGGUUCCAGUCCCCUCGGGUUUUGUUCAGCACUCAGCCACCACCUUUGUCCAGGGAUGGGCAGAGCAUGGAGUUCUUAGACAGUACAGAUGGUCUCAGUAGGAAUAUCCGGACCAAGCGUGCAACUCAUCCUGUACAUAACCGAGGAGAGUACUCUGUAUGUGACAGUGUUAGUGUGUGGGUCAGCAACAAAACCACAGCAACUGACAUCAAAGGCAAAGAGGUGACUGUGAUGUUGGAAGUAGACUAUAACAACGCUGCUUACAAGCAGUACUUCUUUGAGACCAAGUGCAGAGACCCUAAGCCAGUGUCCAGUGGGUGCAGAGGCAUUGAUGCCAGGCAUUGGAAUUCCUACUGCACCACUACACAUACCUUUGUCAGGGCACUUACCAUGGAGGGCAAGCAGGCUGCCUGGCGCUUCAUUCGGAUUGACACUGCCUGUGUGUGUGUAAUCAGCAGGAAAACUGAGAACCUCUGAGAUUGACCAACACACAUACCCAUACACCCCUCUUCCCAGCCCCCUACCUCAGCCUGUAAAUUAUUUUAAGUUAUGAGGACUCUAUGGUAUAUUUAUAGUUUAUAUAGGAAAGAAACAAAUCCUCAUUAUUUAUUAAAAUCAUUUGAAAA